UUCAUCUGCUUCCUGGUCGAAGCUCUAGUUCUUUUGCACUUGUUUAUGCCCACUUCAGCUGCUCAAAUUCGCGAUGGCCAAACAGUCCUCUAUUAUGCGGUGACGCUGAUACCGCAAACCUUAUGCUUGGGUGGAUAUACUGCAUUAAUUGUGUUUUCAUCAAGGGCCCUCUUGAAGCGUGGGUUGAAUACUCAGGCGACAAAAACACUCUUUUGGCUCAGCAUCUUCAUGUACACCAUGUCGCUCGCUUAUUGGUCGUUCUCGGUCAUCGACUUUGUUGCUCGAAUGCAGUUCUUCAUUGACCCUGAGAACCCGACGUAUGCUAGCCUUUUCAACGGAGUUGCAAUACCGUUCAAUCUUUUCAACGCGCUUGUGCUCAUUAACUUUUCGAUCACAGACGGCAUCGUUGUUUGGAGAGCGUCCGUUAUCUGUCCCCGAACACAACUGCAUCGGAGACUCCUCUGGAUUCCCACGCUGUUCCUGCUGCUCACUACUGUUUUUGCAUCCAUCCUCAUCGUUUUGAGAUUCAUCGCGAUGUUCUCUACCGAGUUGGUACACCGACCUUUCUUCACUCCUAUGGUCGACACGUUGCAAUUUUUCUCCGUCAUCACCUCACUGUUCUCCAACCUCAGUGCGACAACUCUCAUUGGUGCAACCGCUUGGCGGCAUCGUCAGCGAAUAAGAUUCGCUUUUCACCAGAGGUCAAAAGCAGAGCACACUCUUAUGCUCUUACUUGAAUCCGGGUUAUUGUAUUGUGCUACCGCGGUGUUUGUUGUUGCCGCCCUGUUCAUCCGGCUCCCUCACGGAACCCUCGGCGAUAUCUACUUGCCAGUCACAGUUCAACUCGCGGGGGCCUACGCGCCAGCGAUAUCGCUUCUGAUUCUGAGGAAUAGAACCUUGAACGAGACAGAGUUUCUCGGCACGGAAACCAAGCUGAAUGUCGACGCGGAAGCAAGAGGCCAAUUCAGUGGUCCAAUCCAGUUCGCCAACUUGAAUUCAAGCUCAAUUGCGACGUCGAGCAGUCCAUCGUAA